GGCUGCGCUGAGGCUGCGGGGCCGGAUGGCCGAGCCGCCCGCCCCGCGCACUCGGGCGGCGGCCGGCAGCGGGCGAGGACACCGGGCGAGCCCUCCCUGCCGGGAGAGCCAGCCCUACGGCACACGGCAGCGCCAUGGUCUCAUGGAUUAUCUCCAGGCUAGUGGUGCUUAUAUUUGGCACACUUUACCCUGCAUAUUAUUCUUACAAAGCCGUGAAAUCAAAGGACAUCAAAGAAUAUGUCAAGUGGAUGAUGUACUGGAUCAUAUUCGCACUCUUCACGACAGCAGAGACGUUCACGGAUAUCUUUCUUUGCUGGUUUCCAUUCUACUAUGAACUCAAAAUAGCUUUUGUAGCUUGGCUGCUGUCUCCAUACACAAAAGGCUCCAGCCUCCUGUACAGGAAAUUUGUUCAUCCAACUCUGUCUUCAAAAGAAAAGGAGAUCGAUGACUGCCUCAUCCAGGCCAAAGACCGGAGCUACGAUGCCCUGGUGCACUUUGGCAAGCGGGGGCUGAACGUCGCAGCCACGGCAGCCGUCAUGGCAGCUUCAAAGGGACAGGGAGCCCUGUCUGAGAGGCUACGGAGCUUCAGCAUGCAGGACCUCUCGAGCAUUCGUGGGGACAGCAGCAGCACCGUCCCUCCCUCGGUCACUGUACGGACAAGCAGCAAACAGAGCCACCCUAAACCAUCCAGAAGUGCAUCAGAAGGCACUGGCAGCUCAGGCACCGCCUAGGACUCUUAGACCUCGCUUCAGGAAGAAAAGUACCUCGUCCUCUGCCACUGAAACAAUGUGAGUGCAAUGAGCCAAUAGCACCAAGAUCCACAGAAUGUCUCUCUUCUGCCUUAAAGAGCUACUUGUUCAUAACCUAGGAAGCAGCAGUGGGAUGGAUGUGCUUUGAUGUACAGCACUGUAGACAUGGCCUUUCUCCUCCUCUCUCCACAUCCUUCUGUGGCACGCUGCUGGUGUUUGUCCCUGAUGUGGGUAGGACAGUCUGGUAGGCACCUGCAGGUGAGGGGUCCUGGUUUGGUUUGCAGAGUGUGCACCCACCCACAGUGUACAUUUACAGUUUCAUUUGUGUCUGCAUAGCUCUUGCUCUGUGAAUGCCCAGAGGAUACAACAAUAAUCAGUUACUCAUGAUGCUACAUUGACAGUGUAUUUAUUUAUGGCUUUAUCAUGGAUAAAGUGGAUUUGCAGAACCCAUGGAUUUCUCUUUCCUCCCUUCCUCCUCAAGACUGUGAAUGAUGUAACAAAUGUCAAAGUACUUUGACUGUACAAAAUGUCCAAGAUUUGUUAGAGAAAGCUGAGCUGCAACUGCGUUUUUCUGCAAGUAAAUCACAUGUUCUGAGAAAACCAUUGUGCUAAACCCACAGAGACAGAACCACUUACAGAGGAUGAGGAAGUGAUGUGCAAGAGAAAAAAAAAAUGUUUUAAUGAUGUAAUGAAGGGGAGUCCUAGUUUCGAUCAGCCUGAGCCAGGAGAGUAUUUUGUGGAAAAUGAUGCGUAGAAGAACUAAAUCCCACCACUUGUGGCCAAUGUUCUACUGCGAGUUUUAAAGUGUGAGCAAGCCAGGCUUGAGCAAGCUGCAGCAACAGAAAUUAGAAUUGCUUUAGUGAUACAUUUCCAGGGGAAAAUACAUCUUUUUCCCGUGCUGCAACAGUGCCAGUCCCAGCACUCUGCUCUGCUGCUGAGGGACUGCUGUUCUGCUUGCAUGAGCAGAGGAGAGUGCUGGGUCUGAGCUGCUUUUUGAAGCCUGGAGUUUCUCCUGUAGCAUGAGUUUGGUUAGAACCACAAGAACCAGAUGGAGUGGUUAAUUUUUAUCCAUAUAUAAAUGGGAAAUAUAAAAGAAGAGGAAGACAUGUUAGGGUUUGUGUAUUUGUGCUUCAAGUUGGUGUCUCUUGUAAGUGUUGAGCAUGUGAGAUUCACACAUAAGUUAAUUACGUGACCCUUUGUGUUUGCUCUUGGACCUGUCACAUAGACUAGAAAAGGAUUUAGCAUUAUGUAGGAUGUGCCAUCACCAAUGGAUCAGCACAGGGGCUCCAUGGUGUCACUGUUCAUCUGGCUCAGGUGCAGCAGCCCAAGGUGCCAAAAGCCAGCUGGAGUGUGCCAGGCUCAGAGAUAACUCUGAAGUGGCCUUUGGAACCAUUUCUCUGCCAGGUGUGCAUCCAUAUCCCAGCUGCUCAUCUGGUGGAUCCCUGAGGUCACGCCCACAGCUUCCUACAUGUGUGGGGAACAAAGAAAUAAAUUACGUGCACACAGAAAUGUUUAUCUGAUCUGGGUAGAGAAUGGAAAAUCAGGCAGUUGUUUCCUGUGUCUGCCACAGUAUUUGGCCUCAUUACCUGAGAAUUUUAUUUCCAUGUGCUGAUUCAGUCAUAUUUUGCAAAUUUUGAAAAAUUCUUCGGAAAGUGAAUAAAAAAAAACCCAAACAAACCUGUCUAAAGAGCAGUUACAGAAGAGUUGGUCCCUGGAAGAUACUCAGCAAAAGUUUUGAGAAGCUAAGCUUAUGUAUUUUUCUUCUAAGCAGCUUUAGAGUUUAUUUGAUUUCUUUUGGCUAACAUUAAAAAGAAAUAGGAAAACUGCCUGCACUGUUAGCAGAAAAUAAAAUCCUGUUGCAAGCAAGCCAUGUUUCCCUGCUAUGCAAUGGGCUGCUGUAAGAUAAAAAAGAAGCUGACAAGUUUGCACUCCAUUAUGCCAAAUAACCCCAACAACAUAGAGCUGCAUAACAUCUGACAAGUUCUAAUCUCAGACACGCUGUAUUAACAUUGAUUCUCACUAAAACUAUUUAAUGUGCGUCUAAUCUGCUGUUUUACUGUAAACUUGACUGUUUAGCAUUUCUUAAGUGCUGAGGUGAAAUGUUGACAAGGGAGUUGCCUUAUAUCUCUCAAAACAUUCACUGUAUAAAUGAGAAAAAUAAACCUUUUCAUAUCUCUGGAAAAGAAAAACUGUAUUAUCAACGGAGCUGUAUAUUUGCAUAUAGAUAGACAGAAAUGUGAAUGCCUGACCUCGUGCACUCGUGCUCCGUGUGCUCCAGUGCUCUGUACAGAUGAGAGCAGCCACUCGCUUUGGUUCCUCACCUUCCUCGCACAGGUUGUUUACAGGGGCUGCCCCAGCCUGUCAGUUCGGUGUCACAGCUGCUGUGUUCAUUCCGGAUAAACACCACCCGUGAAGUCUUUUGUUCCCGCUUUUCUCUGGAACCUCUGCCAAGGAGCAAGCCCGGUUCGGUAAUUCUCGCCUUCCUGCGCUGCUGCUGACCCCUCCUGGCAAACCGGGGUGUGCAGGAGAGAUGGAUGGAUGGAUGGAUGGAUGGAUGGAUGGAUGGAUGGAUGGAUGGAUGGAUGGAUGGAUGGAUGGAUGGAUGGAUGGAUGGAUGGAUGGAUGGAUGGAUGGAUGGAUGGAUGGAUGGAUGGAUGGAUGGAUGGAUGGAUGGAUGGAUGGAUGGAUGGAUGGAUGGAUGGAUGGAUGGAUGGAUGGAUGGAUGGAUGCUUUCUAGCCAUGUGUUGGAAAGGAGCAGUUCUCAGCUCCCUUCCCACUCCAGCUCUGAGUGUGCAGGCUGGUUGAGCACUUCCAGAUCUCCCCUCCUAAAAUCAAGCAAUCUUCUAGCUGAUGGUUUAAAACAGCAGAUCUGGUUUAGUUUAAAAAGCCCAGUUUGGGCCUUUCAGGCAGCUGGCCCCUACCAUCAGUCCUGUAGGGCAGGCAGGCACCUCCUGAUGUCUCAGAGAGGGCUGAGAGAGUGGAACUCUGAAGAGAACAGGCCAGCCCUAGGAAAUAGCCUUUACCCAGUUCAAGGUUCCACUGAAAUGUGCAUUAUUUUAAUAAUAUAAAAUUGAGGCUGACGGGAGGGAAACUGCAGCUGAAGAUGGUCUGUGGUAAACAGGCCUGCGAAUGACCUCCCCAAUUUAUCAUGCAGUUAUGAAGAAAUAAGCCUGAAAUAGCCCAGUGCUCCCCUCUGUGCCUCCUCUCCUGCCGUAGGUGUCAGCAUCAGCACAGCUCCAGCAGUCACCAACUGCUGAAUCAGGAUCCCACCAAAAACAAGACCGACUUCACGUGUGUCCUUGUCACCCUGGAAUGAAUCAACCUAAAAACCUUGUGGAAGUGCAAACCCAGCACAGAAGGAAAAAGAAUCAGGCAAUUUAUUCCUGCUAGGAGGGAGAAAGCUGCUUGGAGACAGUGCUCCUCCUGUAAACAACCUGCUGCCUCUGGCUGCUGGCGAGUCCUCGUGUCGUGAUGAACCCUUGUGCUCCUCACCCAGUCUCCCUUUUGCUGUUAGUUUCAGGUUCCUGUUUUGCAUCCAGCACAUUUGAACUAGCAGAGAACACGCUGGGAUUUGCGUUUAGACAAACUAUUUAAGGCUCAUAAUUGUGCACUUGGUGUGAUUUCUUUCCUGUGAUGGGUAGAAAAGGUCUGUGAUACAAUGGUACACUUGAUGCCUCACAAGGAUGGCCAUUACAACAGUAUUCCAAAGGUUGUUUUGCUGGUUUUGUUAUACUGCUUGAUAUACAACUUGAAUAAAGUCUUAAUCUUUUCUUUAUUAAAAAAAAAGAACAAAAAAACAAAACCAAACAUCUUUAGUCUGUUCAAUGUAUCUGGCAGGCCAGAAUAAUCACUUUGAUUGCUGUAUUAUUUUUAUCUGAAUUCUGGCUGACUGUAUAUAGAUGUAUUCACUAAGUGCUGCAUGUCCUUCAGAACUUUCUGUAUCAUGAACUGGAAAAAGAACAAAAUACAGCUGCUGAACACUCUGA